CACCAUCUCCUCUUCCUAUAAUAACCUGAAAACCAAGGGUUUUACCUUCUUCGAUCGAGCCAAGCGGAGCGCCGCAUUCUCCUGCAAAAGCUCGCUUCUUUUCUGCGCAAAACCAUUCUUCAUCGCGCUCACGGUUGAUCGCGAUCCUUCGCGUUGACGGUUUGUACUCCGCGUUUUUUUAGGGUUUACACAUCCAGUAGAUCGGUCAUAUACUUGAUUCUUGCUAUUCUACUAGUUGGGUAUUUACAAGAUGCUUCCUCUUUCUCUACUAAAGACUGCUCAGGGACAUCCUAUGUUGGUUGAGCUGAAGAAUGGGGAAACUUACAAUGGGCAUUUGGUGAACUGUGAUACUUGGAUGAAUAUUCAUCUUCGUGAAGUUAUUUGUACAUCUAAGGAUGGAGAUAAGUUUUGGAGAAUGCCAGAAUGCUAUAUUCGAGGGAAUACAAUAAAAUAUCUUCGAGUUCCAGAUGAGGUGAUUGACAAAGUUCAAGAAGAAACUAAAAGUCGAUCAGAUAGAAAACCACCUGGUGUUGGACGUGGAAGGGGAAGAGGUAGGGAGGAUAGUGUUGUUGGUGGUGGUGGUAGGGGAGGACCUGGCGGCAGAGGUGGUGGGCGUGGCAUGGAUGAUGGUGGCCGAGGUGGUGGCCGUGGCAGGGGAGGUCCUGGCGGCAGCAAGCCUGGUGGUGGUGUUGGUGGCAGAGGUGGUGGACGUGGGCGCGGUUAAUGAAGACCGAGAGGAUUGAACAACAGAUUUGCCGAUUUUAAGAGGCAUUUUGGUUCUAUUCUUGAUUUAACUCUAUCAAGACUGGGUGGAUGUGUUCUCUUUAGACAAACUACUUUUGAACAAAGUGUUGCUGUUCAUUUCAUUUCAUUUCUCAUGUUUCAUGGAUUUCUUUUGAUUUUAUAUAUAUAUGUAUAUGUUGUGAUUUUUUGACCA